GGAAGCUCCCGCCCCGGCCGGAGCCGCCAUGUAACCGGCGCCGCCCGCCCCGAGCCGAGCCGCGCGGGCCCCAGCGACCCGCCGGCCAUGGGGGACGAGGAUGAGGACGAGGGCUGUGCCGUGGAGCUGCAGAUCACCGAAGCCAACCUGACGGGGCACGAGGAGAAGGUAGGCGUGGAGAACUUCCAGCUGCUCAAGGUGCUGGGCACGGGAGCCUACGGGAAGGUGUUCCUGGUGCGGAAGGCGGGCGGGCACGACGCGGGCAAGCUGUAUGCCAUGAAGGUGCUGCGCAAGGCAGCCUUGGUGCAGCGUGCCAAGACACAGGAGCACACGCGCACCGAGCGCUCCGUGCUAGAGCUGGUGCGCCAGGCCCCCUUCCUGGUCACGCUGCACUACGCCUUCCAGACUGACGCCAAGCUGCACCUCAUCCUGGACUAUGUGAACGGCGGCGAAAUGUUCACCCACCUCUACCAGCGCCAGUACUUCAAGGAGGCCGAGGUGCGCUUGUAUGGGGGUGAGAUCGUGCUUGCCCUGGAGCAUCUGCACAAGCUGGGCAUCAUCUACCGAGAUCUGAAGCUGGAGAAUGUGCUGCUGGACUCUGAGGGUCACAUUGUCCUCACCGACUUUGGGCUUAGCAAGGAAUUCCUGACAGAGGAGAAAGAGCGGACCUUUUCCUUCUGCGGCACCAUCGAGUACAUGGCCCCUGAAAUCAUCCGCAGCAAGUCGGGCCAUGGCAAGGCUGUGGACUGGUGGAGCCUUGGCAUCCUGCUCUUCGAGCUGCUGACGGGGGCCUCACCCUUCACCCUGGAGGGCGAGAGGAACACGCAGGCAGAGGUGUCUCGACGGAUCCUGAAGUGCUCCCCUCCCUUCCCCCCCCGGAUCGGGCCAGUGGCACAGGACCUACUUCAGCGGCUACUUUGCAAGGACCCCAGGAAGCGACUGGGUGCAGGACCCCAGGGGGCACAGGAAGUUAAGGACCACCCCUUCUUCCAGGGUCUGGACUGGGCUGCUCUGGCUGCUAGGAAGAUUCCAGCCCCAUUCCGACCCCAGAUCCGCUCAGAGCUGGAUGUGGGCAACUUUGCAGAGGAAUUUACCCGACUGGAGCCUGUCUACUCACCCCCAGGCAGCCCCCCACCUGGGGACCCUCGCAUCUUCCAGGGAUACUCCUUCGUGGCGCCAUCCAUCUUGUUUGACCGCAACAACGCGGUGAUGACCGAUGUGCUGGAAGCGUCUGGCGCUGGAGACCGGCCCGGCCCGGCGGCGUUGGCCAGGAGCGUCAUGAUGCAGGACUCGCCUUUCUUCCAGCAGUACGAACUGGACCUGCGGGAACCCGCGUUGGGCCAGGGUAGUUUCUCCGUGUGCCGCCGCUGCCGCCAGCUACAGAGCGGCCAAGAGUUCGCUGUCAAGAUCCUCAGUCGCAGGCUGGAGGAGAACACGCAGCGCGAAGUGGCUGCCCUGCGGCUGUGCCAGUCGCAUCCCAACGUGGUGAAGCUGUACGAAGUGCAUCACGACCAGCUGCACACGUACCUGGUCCUGGAGCUUCUGCAGGGCGGGGAGCUGCUGGAGCACAUCCGCAAGAAGCGGCACUUCAGCGAGUCCGAGGCGAGCCAGAUCCUGCGCAGCCUCGUGUCGGCAGUGAGCUUCAUGCACGAGGAGGCUGGCGUAGUGCACCGCGACCUGAAGCCCGAGAACAUCCUGUACGCCGAUGACACGCCCGGGGCCCCGGUGAAGAUCAUCGACUUCGGGUUCGCGCGCCUGCGCCCGCAGAGCCCCGCGGGGCCCAUGCAGACUCCCUGCUUCACGCUGCAGUACGCCGCCCCCGAGCUGCUGGCCCAGCAGGGCUACGACGAGUCCUGCGACCUCUGGAGCCUCGGCGUUAUUCUGUACAUGAUGCUGUCGGGCCAGGUCCCCUUCCAGGGGGCCUCAGGCCAAGGCGGGCAGAGCCAGGCGGCGGAGAUCAUGCGCAAGAUCCGCGAGGGGCGCUUCUCUCUUGACGGAGAGGCCUGGGAAGGCGUGUCUGAGGAAGCCAAGGAGCUGGUCCGAGGGCUCCUAACUGUGGAUCCCACCAAGCGGCUGAAGCUCGAGGGGCUGCGGGGCAGCUCGUGGCUGCAGGACGGCAGCGCGCGCUCCUCGCCUCCGCUGCGGACGCCGGACGUGCUGGAGUCCUCGGGGUCCGCUGUGCGCUCCGGGCUCAACGCCACCUUCAUGGCGUUCAACCGGGGCAAACGCGAGGGUUUCUUCCUGAAGAGCGUGGAAAACGCGCCGCUGGCCAAGCGGCGGAAACAGAAGCUGCGGAGCGCCGCCACGUCCCGCCGCGUCUCCCCCGCGCCCGCCGCCCCGGGCCGGGCCCCGGCCGCCAAGGGAGCCCCCCGACGAGCCAAUGGCCCCCUACCCCCCUCCUAGCCCUUGCCCCUGUGACCCCCGCCUCCCCCCGUCGUGUCUGUGAUCUAGGAGGCCGGCUCACCGUCUCCUGCAUCGGCGCUGGCCCCCUCCCCAGGACUGUUACCCUUCUCCCCCCCUUUCCCCUUCCCUAGCCCCAGACAGAGCAGAAGUAUUUUUAUAAGCAGAGAAUUCUUUUUUUUAAAAUGUCUUACCAGAUUAGAGUUAUAGAUGCAGGGAAGAAGGGGGCCUGCUGGGGAGUGGGGUGUGGGGCCCUCUGCCAAGAUACUGCCUCAUCUGGUGGAAGGCCCUUCUACCCCAAGGGGCUGCCCCGGUUGGGAAGGGCUCCUCCAUUUCUAAGCACUGAGUUGCCACAGGGAGAAACUGGGACCUCUCCCCUGCCCUCCCCUGAGGACCUGCUCUUGGGAGGGGGCACCUCUCAAGCUGUCACUUUAUGGACUGUCUGUGCAAUUACGUCCACCAAAGACCUGUGUUGGGGGGCUGCUCAGCGAGAGGCCCUGGGGGACCCCCUGAAGCAUUUCUGCCUCACUUUAUGUCACCUGCUUCCCCCUACUGGGGCUAAGUUAGGAGGUAGGCGACCCCCCCAAAAGGGGCGGCCCCCUUCUCAUCCGUCCCCUCCCCUUUGGCACAGCUGCCCCUAGCUGGGGGGUGGGGCCUUGGGGUUCUGGGCUGGGCUUCCACAGUCACUGCCUCCGCCCAUCCAGGCUGUGCCUUUGACUUUAAAAUAAAAGUCUACUCAGUGCUGUGUGGCA